CAGCUAGGCCAUGGGGAUUCACCCCGGGCUGCAGCGGCAGCUAGUAGCAAAGCAGCUGGAGUCACCGGACUGCCGCCGGUCAACCAUCGAUGGCCACACUACCGCCCUAAUCUUGCUUAUCACCGUCGUGGUCGACAACGCUUUCGGCGCCAGGAGCGCCGUCCAAUGGCACAGCUUCUGCCAGGGGCCGAUGACUGGCACGUCGCCGGCGGGCGGUAUCAAUGGCUUGACGUCCACGUACUAUUAUUAUGUGGCUGAUCACGCACGCUAUGACCGAGACUGCGCUGCAAAGUUCACCGGCGCCCAGGGAGGCGAGGCCGAUCCGACUGUGGGCGGCCACGCUUGCACCGCCAAGGAACGUGGUGUCCGCCACAGAAGUCGGGGGCUGUCCUCCGGCCAACGAGCGGACACCGCUGCCAGACAUGAUGAAGUCAACGUGCUGCGGAAAGACGAGAGACAGAUCGCCGGCGGUUGCGCGCGCCGCGAACCAAAAUGUCUGGUACAACUGUCCUGUCAUCAGUGAAGAAGGCGCGGUCGCGCAGCUCCUCCGAUGGUCCGGCGUGACAUUGGAGGCCGUAGCCUCGUGGUUUGCUGGUAUAUGCGGGGGCAGGGACCAUGCCGCGUGCCCUGAAUCGUAACUCAUGGCUGAUAAUCCUGUUAUCUACCUCAAUGUCGAAGGCCCGGUGGAGUGGCUUCUCCGGUGAUUCGCCGCUUGUUACGCACCUUCGAGGAGACAGGGGGCGUUGAGGAGAGGGCACAUUAAGCGUGAGGUUUGGAGGUGGAGCAAAUUCACGUGUCUCAGCUUUGAGCUUCCGGCUGCCUUGAGUUAACACUAUUUGUUUGCACUAUAAAUAAACAUUAUACAUUUUCUCUAAUAUUUUUGGGCGUUGCCGCGCAUUUGUGCUUUUUUUUAGAUUGCUUCGUUUAUGCUUCGAGUUUGUAAGGUUUUUCUCAGGUGC